CAAAAAAAUAGAAAUUUUAAUAAAAUGGAGGAUUUAAAGAGCAAGCAAAGAAGAGAAUUCUUAAAUACUGUGAAAGACCGCAAAGCUGAUCGAGAGAAGUACAUGACCUCUCUUAGGAAACAAGUCAAACAAGAGAUCUUCAGGAAAAAGAGAGUCAUGAAUAAAGAGUUAAGGAAUUUAGAGGAAGAAGCUCAGCAGAAAUAAGAUAUUUGAAGAGACUUGUAAAGCAACGAACCCAAAAAUACUAGAUCCUACAACAACACCUGAAGAGGCUUUGGGGAUGAUCACAGAGACUUUGAAGGAGCCAGGAAAAGACGCGGUUAUAUACGAAGGCUUGAUAAAAGUCUUAAAUGAAUUACUCAUCGAACACUCAGCCACUAUAAUCCCAGAAGUUAUUAGAGUCGGAACUAUGGAGGCACUCAGCCCUUUUUAUGAGUAUGUCUUUGAGAUUCCAGAAAACCACAGAAAGGAAAGUAUAAUUUUUCAUUUUUGAGGCAUAAUCUCCAAUGCUUUCACUACAGAUGAUGAAUCUUACUUAGAGUAUUUGAUAAGCAAUGAUCUUAAAAUUCUGGAAUUCUUGAAUAAGUGAUUAAAUGAAUACAGCAAUGAUGAUUGGAUGUUGUGAGAUAUUCUUUUCCCUUUGAACAACAUUUUAGGGUCUCCAAGCAUUAGAGAGUAUGUUCACCAGACUGAUUAUUUGGAAAUCCUUAAGAAAUAUUGACUGAAUGACCCAUAUAAUUGCUCAGCAAAUAUUCUUCAAAAGUUAUCUUGGGGAUUAGCUAAUUAUUGUGACUGAAAAUUUGAAGAAGAUAGUAAAGAACUUCAUUGGAUAAUCGAAGCUAUUUCGUAUUUACUUCCAAUCAAUGAGCAAUACGUGAAAGCUCAUGCCUGUCUAGCUAUCUCCAGACUCUGUGAUGAAAAUGAAAUUGGAGAGCUAGCAAUUAAGUAUAAUCUCGGUUCUUUUGUUCUCGAUAUUGCUUUUAAAUCAGAGUCAUUUGAGACGAAAAGAUGAGCUCUAAAAGCUUUGGGUGGAAUAUCAUCUUCAGAAAUCACAUCUGUUUCCAACUACCUAAUAACUCUGAAUAUCUUUGAUAUCUUGAUGCAAAUUCUCAAGGAGAACACUGGAGAAAUCCGAACAAAGACAUUGUGGGUGGUUGGAAACAUAUCAGGGGAUAAGAAUAUCUGAAACCAAGAGAUCUUCAUCUCCAUCAUCGAACUUCUAGAGAAAGAUAAAAGUAUAGACACUAUGAAAGAGAUUAUGUACGUACUGUCAAACACAAUCCAUCAAAUUUCUCUCUCAAGACCUUUCGUGGAAACUGAAAUUAAGAAAUAUAGCUCAAGAGAUAUUCCCUUCUCAGAGAAUUAUGACGAUUAUCUCUCAAUGGGAGAUAAGGAGAUUAUCGCUGCAAAGAAUAAUGAGAGGCUCACCUUCUUCAUAGAGAAUACUAAUAUUAUACAAAUCAUGAUAGGAUAUCUCCACACAAAUCCUUCAGACGAUGUGCUUAGCAUUAUGCUCGAUGCUUUUGCCAAUAUUUUUAGGAUAGCAGAAUGAGUUAGAAAUUCAGGCGAAAAUGAAAAUUUUGAUAGAAUUCUCAGAGAAAACUUUACAUAUAUCGGAGGCUGCGAGUGCAUUGAGGCUUUAAUCACUAAUCCAAACGCUGACAUUGCCUCUAAAGCAACAUCUAUCCUUACUGAGUAUCUUAGUGAUGCCUUCUCGUCUGAAAAUGGAGGAUUUGAUUCAAUGUUUAAAGAAGAGAUUAAGACUGACGAUCUUACAUUUUAAGUUACAAUGAGUA